AUGGGUAAAUCCAAUCUGGAGCUCGUCAUCGAAUGCGAUAACUUCCCUUACUACGAGGACAAUCGCGCUGCCUACACAGAGAACCUCAACAAUUACCACGCCUUUCGAGUAUCUGGCUGCGAUGCGACGCUAGGAUAUGUCCUGAACUCAGUUAUCGAGAAGUUUCCAUGGACCGAAUACUGGGCCAUUGACUCCGCCGCAAAGACAUUGACCCUAGUGGCACCCGCAGAUGCAGACCCCGCUCUCCGCAGCAAAUUGAUUGCAGAGAGCAUCGCAGAGGCCGUCAAGCAGGGCACCUUCGAAGUUCUGAAAGGAUGGCGUAAUGAGAACUACCCCGUCUUUGGACCGGGUGGCGAAUACCUCCUCGAGAUGGAGCGCUGCGCAUCAUGUCUCUUUGGCGUCGUCACCUACGGCGCCCAUAUGACUGCCUACGUUGAGGACGAAACAGGACUGAAAUUAUGGAUCCCCCGCCGUGCAAAGAACAAGCAAACAUAUCCCAGCAUGCUAGACAAUACCGUGGCCGGGGGCAUGUGCACCGGCGAGAAACCAUUCGAAUGCAUCGUCCGUGAAGCAAUGGAAGAAGCCUCUCUCCCCGAAGCCGAAGUCCGCCAUUUGAUCCGUGCCAGAGGCUGCGUGACAUACCACCACGUCCGUGAUGUGCGCGCUGGCGGUGAAACUGGUCUCCUGCAGCCGGAGGUCGAGUACGUCUAUGACUUGAAGCUUGAUGCGUCGGUGAUUCCCACGCCAUGCGACAAUGAGGUCGAAGAGUUCAAGCUGUUGUCUGUUGCUGAAGUCAAGGAGGCGCUUGCGAAGGGUGAGUUCAAGCCUAAUUGUGCAGUCGUUAUCAUUGACUUCUUUAUUCGGCAUGGUCUUCUCAUGGCGGAGACUGAGCCGGAUUUCCUGGAUAUUCAGGCGCGUCUGCAUCGUCGUUUGGAAUUCCCGACUGCAUCGCACGCCUAG